AUGCAAUCGCAUUCCAUAUCUUCAUUGAAAUAUCUAGACGCAAUAGACCUAUACCAGUGGAUUAAACAAGGACACACAUCUCUAGGACAACCAUUCCAAGUCAUUGAUGUUCGAGGUUCAGACCAUAUAGGUGGACAUAUCAAGGGAUCCUGGAACUACCCUUACAGAAGGCUUAAAUCGGAUCUGAAUUACGUAGAUACAUUGAGACAAGAAUUACUUGAUAAAGCUGAAAUCGGAGCUGAUGGUGCAUCAGAAAUUAUUAACUGCGUUUUCCAUUGCGCACAAUCACAACAGAGAGGUCCUAGCUCUGCUAUGCUAUUUUUACGGUCGAUACCAGAAUCUCAGUUGAACAGGUUCCAAAUAUGGGUAUUGAAAGGCGGGUUUAACUACUGGCAAUCGAAUUAUGGGUUAGAUGAAGCUGUUACAGAAAACUAUAAACCCGAUUUAUGGUGA